UCCCUCUUUUGCAUCUAGAAUCGAUUUUUCAAAAUGGUAGAUAGUGAAUCCUUGUUGAUUGUCUCCAUGUGGACGACUAUGGCUUCUUGGUUUACUCCUACUAUCCUUUUUUGUGUCACUAAUCUUAUUAUUGGCACCCUCCUUAUAGCUUCAAACAACAAUAAUGGUAAAAGCCAUGAUGAUCAAGUUCAAGGAGAUUCAUCUACUCGAAUUACUAGAGUAUCUUCUUUCCUUAAUCGAGCUAGAUCCAUUAAUUUAUCAUCUUAUACCACGACAAGUGUAGCAGAUAACCUAUCAUCUUAUGUUAUCACGUCAGCAUCACAUCACGAAAAAGUAUCCCAUCCACCAUCCCCAUCCAAAACACCAAACUACUCUUCAUCGAGUAGACUCGCGCAGUCCAUUUAUGUAGCUCAACCGAGUCAACUCACUCGUGCUCCAUCACUAUUGGAACGAGUCAAGUCUAUUAAGUUGUCAUCUAUUUACAAUGACGACACAUCUCACACCGAGUCCGAACAAAUGUCCAACUCAACGAGUCAACUCACCCGAGCUCCUUCGUUCUUAGACCGAGUCAAAUCAUUUAAAAUGUCUUACCCUUUCCAACAAGUCCCUCCUUCUAUUCAACCCGAAAAUGUGGAUACAUAUCCAAGUGAUCACAUUACGGGUGACCAUCCACCUGUGAUAAGGACCAAGUCCGAGAAGCCACCCCGGAGGCGGAAGUUAUUAGUGGAAAUAAAAAAGUCACGUAGCGAGAUGAAAAUGGCUGACGAUGACGUUGACUUGAGACGACCAGCGACUACUAGAGAAAGCCGAAAUCAUGUGGUUGAUGAAGAAGUUGAUGCAAAAGCUGAUGAUUUCAUUAGCAAAUUUAAGCAACAACUUAAAUUACAACGUCUUGAGUCACUUGUUAGGUACAACCAAACGUUGAAAAGUCGUCAAUGUUAAUUAGAGCUUAUAACGUAAGCAAAAAAAUAUGAGACUUUGCCAUUUUGGUGCUUGGAGAAGAUAUAUGGUGCGACUUAAAAUAUUGUUUAUUUUUCUUGUACUGUAGUUUAAUUUCCAUAUGUAUAAUUACUAGCUGGAUCGGAUGACCUUGUAUUGUGAAUACAGUUACAUUUUGAUGAUA